UUGGAGAGAAGCCAGGAGCAGACCUAUAGGGUCCUAGGGGCCGUGGAGGAGUUUCCAUCCCACUGUGAGUGGGGUAGGAUUCCCUGAGGGCUAUGAGCAAGGGAGAGACAGGAUCCAGCCACAUCACACACAGCUCAGCCCCCUGGACCCCUAAUAACCCCUUGUGUGGACAUUUGACAUUCCUUUUGGCCACACAGCAUCCGAAGCCCUUUCUGUGUCUGGGGAGCCCCCCACCCUCUGACCACCUCCUUUGGAGAAGCCAAAAAUGUCAGAAACUCAGUUUCCCAUAAUCCUUUGCAGCGAUGGUCCAGUCAUGUGACCAGGGCUGAGCCAAUCAAACACUCCAGCAGACCUUGUAUCAUAAGCUCUACCUCCUUUAUCUUCUUUGAGUCUCACAGAAACAGUUGGCCUUUGGGAGCACUAUAAUCUCCAUCAUACAUCUUCCUCCCACUCCCAGCCCCUGAGCCCUUCAGUCUCCAAGGCCUGUCCAUCCCUCCUACCCUAGCUCAAGACCUCCACAUUCAUUCCUGCCCUAGCCUCCUCGCUGGGCUCCUGCCCCAGUGUUGCCCUGUCCCACCUACUCCCUACUUGCUGACCUCUCCUGCUCAGAACCUGCCAUGGCUCCCCAGUGCUCUCCGGAUAAAUGAGUAUUUGUUGACUAAGUAAAUUAUAGUAGCUUUAUCAGUCAUUUGGAAACCCCUUCACCCAGCUUAAGCAGAAAGGGCUUCCCUACCAGAUAUUAGGUGCUCACAAAAUUGUUGGAAGGGCUGAAGGAGCAGGCUCAAGGCUGGGUGAGGUUGGAGAGAAGAGGCACCACCUCUUGCCCCCAGAAUCAUGCUUCCUCUGAAAAACUGGAUGUGCUAGAAGGAAGUUAGCAUGAAUAUUGAGUGGCCACUCCAUAGUCUCCACCCUAACAGUUAACUCUCAUGGAGCACUCCUAUAUGUCAAGUACUAGGCUAACUGCUUUACAUAUAUUAGCUCAUUUAACAUUCCCAACAAUAAGGCUCAGAGAGGUUAAGUGACUUGCUCAAGGUCACACAGCUGGGAAGGGGCAGAGCUGGGAAUCAAACUGGCACAGGGCUGCUGAGAGUGGGUUCAGGCUUUGGUAAAGAUAAUUUUCAGGCCUCUCAGCAAGGUCAGACAAUACUGUCAGCCCAGAGUCUCUUUCUGGGUCUUUAGGCCCUGAUAAUUUGUACCCACAUCUCCUUGCCCCCUUCACCACCCUAGCAGUCUGGUUUCAGGAUUCAAUCACUGUAUGUGUAUUAACCAAUUUAAUUCUCCAGCAGUCCUAUGAGGUAGAUAUGCAAAUUUUACAAGUCAAGAAAGUGAAGCCCAGAGAAGUUGAGUCACUUUCCCAAAAUCACACAGCUGGGAAGUAGCAGAACCAGACUGGACGGAGUAGUCAUUCCCUUCCUGAUUCCACCUGUUCAUGCUAAAGCCUCAUUUUACAGCGGAUGGAUGCUGAGACUGGAAAAGGGCAAGGGAUCGCAGACUUCUGGUAUCCUCCGGUGGCAGAAGAAGGAAGACAAGUUCAAAGAAUCGUUUGAUAGAAAAUGAAACCAGGAGUUAGUUGUAAAUGGAUGGACGUUGAAAAUACAUUUAUAAGCUAAAAGGAACUUUAAAUUCUUCUGUUGCGAACUUUAAGACUGCUGUGAAAGGUGUACUUUUGGUAACACAGAGUACUUUGUGGGGCAGCUGAGAGUCUGACGUCAGAGUGAUCUUAAAGAAAACCUUUGACAUGGCAGAGCCAGUCCAGAGACCCCGCCGAUUCUACCGGCUAGCCCCACGUCCUCUGAAGUGCAGCCUGGCCCAGUCUCCUCCUUUUUAGAUAUGGCAAGUAAGAGUGCCUACCUCAGAGGGUGGCUGUAUGGAUUCAGGGGCUCUGCUACUCCUUGGCUGUGUGAUCUUGGACAAGUCACUUAACCUCUCUGUGCCUCAUCUUCUUCACCUGUGGAAUGAGGACAAUCAUAGCAGCCUCGGCUUCCCUGGUGGCGCAGUGGUUAAGAAUCCGCCUGCCAAUGCAGGGGACACCGGUUCGAGCCCUGUUCCGCGAAGAUCCCACAAGCCGCGGAGCAACUAAGCCUGUGCGCCACAACUACUGAAGCCCGCGCGCCUAGAGCCCGUGCUCCGCAACAAGAGAAGCCACUGCAAUGAGAAGCCCGCGCACUGGUAGUCCCCGCUCGCCGCAACUAGAGAAAGCCCGCGUGCAGCAACGAAGACGCAACACAGCCAGAAAAAAUAUUCUCACAGCCUUUGACUACCCCAUUUUACAGUUUAGGGAAACGGAGACAGAGAGGUUACUUGUCCAAGGCCUGCGCAGCUAAAGCAGCAAUGUCCGUGAAGGUGGCGGCCCCGGGAAGCAUGGGGCUGGGCCCAGAGCACCUGAGCCCUGAGGAGCUGGUGCAACAGACGCGACAAGUGGUACAGGGGCUGGAGGCCCUGCGGGCAGAGCACCGGGGCCUGGCCGGGCACCUGGCGGAGACCCUGGCAGGACAGGGCCCGGUGGCUGGCCUGGAGCUGCUGGAAGAAAAGCAGGAGGUGGUGAGCCACUCACUGGAGGCCAUCGAGCUGGGGCUGGGCGAGGCCCAGGUGCUGCUGGCCCUGUCGGCACACGUGGGCGCGCUGGAGGCUGAGAAGCAGCGGCUGCGAGCGCAGGCCCGGCGGCUGGCCCAGGAGAACACAUGGCUGCGGGAAGAGCUGGAGGAGACGCAGCAGCGGCUGCGGGCCAGCGAGGAGGCUGUGGCCCAGCUGGAGGAGGAGAAGAGCCACCUGCAGUUCCUGGGGCAGCUGCGGCAGUAUGACCCGCCGGCGGAGAGCCAGCAGCCCGAGUCCCCCCAUCAGCAGGACAGCCUGGCUUCCCUGUUCCCCAGUGAGGAGGAGGAGAGGAAAGGUCCCGAGGCAGCGGGGGCCAUCUCUGCUCAGCAGGGUGGCUACGAGAUCCCGGCCCGCCUUCGGACCCUGCACAACCUCGUGCUCCAGUACACGGGGCAGGGCCGCUACGAGGUGGCUGCACCGCUGUGCCGCCAGGCCUUAGAGGAUCUGGAGCGGAGCUCGGGCCACUGCCACCCUGACGUGGCCACCAUGCUCAACAUCCUGGCGCUGGUGUACCGGGACCAGAACAAGUACAAAGAGGCCACAGACCUUCUCCACGACGCCCUGCAGAUCCGGGAGCAGACACUGGGCCGGGAGCACCCCGCGGUGGCCGCCACCCUCAACAACCUGGCCGUCCUCUACGGGAAGCGUGGGCGUUACCAGGAGGCGGAGCCCCUGUGUCAGCGCGCCCUGGAGAUCCGUGAGAAGGUCCUGGGCGCCAACCACCCGGACGUGGCCAAGCAGCUCAACAACCUGGCCCUGCUGUGUCAGAACCAGGGCAAGUUCGAGGAGGUGGAGCGGCACUACGGCCGGGCCCUGAGCAUCUACAAGGCCCUAGGCGGGCCUCACGACCCCAAUGUGGCCAAGACCAAGAACAACCUGGCCUCAGCCUACCUGAAACAGAACAAGUACCAGGAGGCGGAGGAACUGUACAAAGAAAUCCUCAGCAGGGAGGCCCUGCCUGCCCCUCUCGGAGCCCCCAACACAGGCACAGCCGGUGACGCAAAGCAGCAGACUUUUCGUCGGAGCAGCUCGUUCUCCAAGCUCCGAGAGUCCAUCCGGCGGGGAAGUGAGAAGCUGGUCUCCCGGCUCCGAGGCGAGGGGGUGGUGGGGGCAGCCGGGAUGAAGAGGGCCAUGUCACUCAACAUGCUGAACAUGGAUGGUUCCAGGGCUGCUGGGAACCAGUUCCCCAGCCGGCACCUGGGCAAGGCCGCUCGGACCCUCAGCGCCAGCACCCAGGACCUGGGCCCCCGCUGAAGGCGACAGAACCACGGGCUGCGCUUCUCAGGAGGAGCGGGAGAGGGAGGGGAGGGGAGGGGAGUCCUUUCAUCUCCCUGACUCGCUCCCACCCCUCGGGGGCACCCAGUGUCUUGGGCUUCCCCGCUGUCCUCUCCUCCUGUGAUUAAAGGCUGUAGACUUGGCAGCCAGAACGUC